CAUAUUCAGCAUAUCAUAGAAAACAAAAUGGCAUCAGGAAACUAUACGACUCCUCCAUAUUAUCCAUUUGAUACACGAUUCCCUUCACAACCCAUCUACACAGUGACUGCUGGUAAUGAUAUUGGACGGUUGGAAAAUCAUAUGGCUAUGGUUCAAGAACCUACUAGAGUUAGAAAGAAACGUUCUCCCUGCUGGACGACUGUAACUACUCUUUCAGUGUUGUUGAAUGUAAUACUUGCUGCUGGUAUUGUUUGGUGCAUAUUGUCAUAUUUUGGCAAUAACGAAAAGGACUUGAAUUCAAAUGAACACAUAUCGGAUGGUUAUUCACCGAGUCCUACGAGUGCGCUGAAAUUGAAAUCCCAAGGAAAUCCAUGUGAGAUACUAACAUCUUCUGCUGUAUGUAUGCCUUGUCAGGGCCUCCAUUCAGAGUUACUAUGGAGAGAAAUAUUAAUCAAAGUACGUGCUGGGAAGACUGACCUUUGUUGCAAAAAGCUAGAAGAUUCAAAGAAAAGACUGAUAAAAGAGAUUAGAGAUGUUCACAAAAUGACGAAAGCGAAUCUUAGAGGAACUCCAAAUAAAGCAGCAGCUCUAUCUCAAUUUUACUAUGUACACAAAGAUCAUAUUGGAGCUGACUUAGGAAGGAUGCCAUUGAAAGAUCCUAAAGCGAGUCCAUAUUUUACAACUUUAAAAGUCAAGGAAUUCGGUGCAUACAAAAUAUUUGCUGGAAUAACAAUGACUGCGAAUAAGACGACUUGUAUUCCUUCGAAGGGAUACUUCAUUCGAGUAGUGGCAGAACAUCCAGAUCGAAGUCCCACGUAUUUGUUAAGGAAAGACUGGAAAUGUCCAAGGGGGCUUUCUUUCAAUACACAAUAUCUGAAUCCAGUGGAAGUAGAAGAAACGUUCUACUUGUCCAAAGGAACUAUUUUGUACGUGGAAGUUUUCAACAGACUCCAGGUGUAUCGAUAUCAUGAUAGCGAUUAUGUUGGACUUGUCAAAAUUUGAUGACGUGGUACGGUUGUGAUAUGUUGUAUAGGGCAUUACAUGGAUUCUACGGGUUGUUAUCUAAA